AUGGAUGAAGAGAUUUCCAAGUUCUCUGAUCGGUUCAUUUUGGGUAUGGGAGGAGGAGACUCGGCUCUCAGGAUGUUUGACGUGAACUUCAAAGAAACGAGGAGCAGAACCAAUAAAACCAAAGAGACAGACGGACUUUCUGGACGUGGUAACAGACCUGCAAACAUAGAAGGACGUGAGAUCAUGGAGCGCAUUAAACAAAGGCUUAAAACCCAUCUUCAGGAGAAGUUUACCUGGAUAUCUACCAGCAGAUCAACAGCUGGGACAUCUUCAAACCAGGAUUUUUUUUUCCAAAAACCACCUGAACAAAACAAGCCCAUCCAAAGAGUGAUGACGACAGGGAUCGCUGGCAUCGGGAAAACCUUCGCCGUCCAAAACUUCGCCCUAAACUGGGCCGAGGGAAAGCUCAACCAGCACAUUGAUUUCAUCUUUGUGCUCCCUUUUAGAGAGUUGAACAUGCUGAAGGAGGGUGAGUACAGUCUGCUGCAGCUCCUCCUCCACUUCUACCCUGAACUGAAGCCUCUGCAGAAUGCACAACGCCUCACCAACAAGCAGGUGCUGUUCAUCUUCGAUGGUCUGGAUGAAAGCAGGUUUCCUCUGGACUUCGAUGGAAGUCCCAGCCUCAGCGACGUUAACCAGAGAUCAACGGUUGCUGUGCUGCUUAUCAACCUCAUCAAAGGGAAUCUGCUGCCCAAGUCUCUGCUCUGGGUAACUUCCCGCCCUGCAGCAGCCAAUCAGAUUCCUUCCUGCUACAUUGACCAGAGGACAGAAGUGCAAGGGUUCACGGAUGUAGAAAAAGAAAACUACUUCAGGAAGAGAUUCAGCUCUGCGGGUCAGCUCAAAGAAGUCCUGUCACAUCUCAGAGGGAUGAUAAGCUUCCAUUUCAUGGGCCAUAUCCCAAUCUUUUGUUGGAUAAUCGCAGAGGUAUUUAGGAAGUCUUGGAAUGACGAGCGGAGUCGAAGGAUCACAACGAUGACAGAGUUGUACAUCUAUUAUUUACUCAUUCAGACACAAAGAACAAAACAGAAAUAUGAGACGGAGAGUGCAAAGAAAAAGUCUACAUCACAGAAUGCUGCCAUGUUCUUUAAUCUGUCUAAGCUGGCAUUUGAGCAGCUGCAGAAAGGAAACAUCAUCUUCUAUGAAGAGGACCUCAGAGAGUGCAGCAUUGAUGUUGAUGAAGCUUCAGCGUUUUGUGGACUUUGCUCAGAGGUCCUAAAGCAGGAGCACGGUCUGUACCAGAAGAUGAUGUUCAGCUUUGUGCAUUUAAGCUUCCAGGAGUUUCUUGCUGCUCUUUACAUGUUCCACUGCUGUGAGACGAAGAACGUCAUCCCUCUGAAGUCCUUCCUGGAUGUUGACCCUGCGGAUCUGAGCAUGUCUCAGUUGCAUAAGAAGAUUGUGGAUAAAGCAUUGCAGAGUGAGAAGGGUCAGCUGGACCUGUUUCUCUGUUUCUUCCUUGGACUCUUACAGGAGUCAAAUAACACGAUGCUGCAAGGUUUGCUUCCCCCGACUGGAAGCAGCUCAGAUACAGCUGAGGAGAUGAAGAUGUACCUGAGAGGCUUUCAUGCAGGCAACAUCCCCAAAGAGAGGUGCAUGAAUCUUUUCCUCUGCAAAUUUGAGCUAAAAGAAAAGAGAUUUCAGGAUGACAUAAGGAAGUUCCUAAAUUCAGGAGCAAGGCUGUCACCCAUUGACUGCUCCGUGCUGUCCACCAUGCUGCAGAUAUCUGGAGAAGUGAUGGAACAACUCGAUCUAACUAAAUGCUAUACUCCACUUUUUGGGGGUGAAAGACUUAUCCUGCAAAUUAGGAACUGCAAGAAGGCUGAACUCAAGAGUGACCAUGACAGUUACCUUGAUAUACUGCUGUCUGCUCUUCAGUCAGAAGACUCGUACCUUCGAGAGCUGAGCCUGGUGUCUGUUCCAAGUGUUGGUUAUCGACUUCCUCAUGAUCUCUUUGACGUGCUGCAAUUUCCAAACUGUAAACUGGAGACUCUGAGACUGUGUGGGUUCACUCUAGAUUUUGUUCAAUGCCACAAACUGUCCUCCAUUCUUGAGUCAAAACAUUCACACCUGACAGCGCUGGACUUAACUCAUUGCAUAUACGCAUAUCAGAAGGACUACAGCGGAUAUUUUUCAAAAGAAGUGGAGAAGAAUGAAAAGUACGAUGAUUUCAUUGAUGAGCUGAGCCCUCUGACUGUGAUUUCCUCUGGACUGAUCGGUCCCAUCUGUAAACUGAAGGAGUUCAGCAUGACCAGUUGUUUCCUGAGAAGUAAAUGCUGUCAGGUGUUCGCCUCAGCUCUCAGCUCAAACUCCCAGCUCAAAAAACUCGACCUGAGUUUCAAUGAGCUGCAGGAUUCAGGGGUGCAGCUGCUGUCUGUUGGACUAGGAAGCUCAAAAUGUCAGCUGGAAACACUUAGGUUGUCUUGCUGUGGGAUCACAGAAGAAGGCUGUGCUUCUCUGGCCUCAGCUCUGAAGUCCAACCCCUUCUAUCUGAGAAAGCUGGAUCUGAGCUACAACCAUCCAGGAGAGUCUGGAGUGAAGCUGCUCUCUGAGAGACUUGAGGAUCCAAAAUGUAGACUGGAAAUACUCAAUGUGGACCAUAAUGAAGAACACUUUGUCAACCCGCAGCUUCUGAACAAAUAUGCCUGUGAUCUGACGUUUGACCUGGACUCUAUGAACGAACACCUCCUCCUGUCUGAGUGUGGCAGGACAGUGAGCUACACGAAAGAAAAGCAGCCGUAUCCUGCUCAUCCAGAGAGGUUUGAUUGUUCCAGCUUGGUGCUCUGCAGAGAAGGUCUGACUGGACGCUGCUACUGGGAGGUGGAGUGGACUUGUUAUGUGAACAUUGCUGUGACUUAUAAAAGCUUGAAGAGGAAGGAAUGGGACACACAGAUCGAACGGAGCGAUGACACCUGGUGCUUCAGUAUCAAUGCAUCAGACGGUUAUUCCUUCCAGCACAGUUUUCAGCGAGUCUUUGUACCGAUCCCACACGUUGACGUCAAAGCCUUCCUGUCCAGACCCAAGACACUAGGGCUGUUUCUGGACUGGCCAGCUGGGAUUCUCUCUUUCUAUUGGUUGUCUGGAAACAAAAAAACCCUCAUUUACACCUUCCACUCCACUUUCACUGAGCCUCUCUUCCCAGCAUUCUUUGUUUCCGGGGGAUCUUUGACUUUGACCCCUGUAGCGAAGCUGAAAAUGGAUGUUACUUAUUCGAGCUUCACACCAGAGGUCUGCCAAGAAAGAACCGGGAUUUCAUACAGCUUCAGGUUCCCCGGUUGUGGGUUGUUCCGGUGUUCUCUGACUGGUCUGGUGUUCAACGCGACCCAUGAGGGGGAGGUGACGUACAGGACUUUGAUCUGGGACGACAAGCUCCUGCAGUCUGCUCACAAGAUGCCCGGAGGACCGCUGUUCAGCAUCGAGUGUCCACAGGACUCUGUCAGCCAGCUUCACCUGCCGCACUGUGAACCUGAAGCUGCUCUGGUGGCUGAGAGCCUCUCCGUCGUCCACAUCACUGACGACGGCAUGAACAUCCUCAAGCCGCUGGAGGUCACAGAAACCCACGUGGUCGUGGACAUCCCACACCUCUCUGGCUUUGGCGUUGUGUGGGACGCCGUGAAACGCUUCCUGAACUUCAAGGCGAAGCCUAUCCAGGGCCAAGCCCUGCUGUUCCUGAGACCCAUGCACAGACCCAUCCUCAUCCUAAGUGUGAUCCUGCUGCCAAGCAACGUCCCUCUGACAGAUGUGAAAGCUCAGCACACCAACUCCGAGUUCAUCCAGGCUCCAUCUUUCUGCCUCUUCCACCAAGACCAAACUUACAGCCUCCACAGCGACCCUGAAGGUUUCACCAUCCAGCCUAAAACUGCGAAGUUUUUUGGAAAUUAUGGACCAAAUUAUCAUGCAACGUUUGAGAUCAUCAUGCCGUCGAGCACGGAGGAAGUGACCGUGAUGAUCCAGGAUCCGGAGAAGACGCAUGUGUGGGAGUACGGCCUCCAUCUGCCCGCUCCACCCUCAGCCUCCAACCCGAGCGACAGUCGGCUGCGACUGGAACGAAACAUCUCAUCCGACGAGAAGCUGCGAAUGAUCCGGCCAAGGUUCGUGGACCGGGUGUCCUCUCCUGUUCUGGACAAGUUGCUGGAUGUCCUGCAGCUCUGCAGAGUGAUGACCGACGCUGAGGUGGAGGAGGCUAAAGCCAAACCCAGAGCGGAUAAAGCCCGGGAACUCAUCGACAUGGUGAGGAGGAAAGGAGCCGAGGCCAGCUCCAAACUGAUCGCCGCCUUCGUAGAAAAUGAUCCGUUCCUGUGCAGCGAGUUCGGCUUGAUCUGAAGUUUAGGCCUGUGGAGAUGAUGUGGAAUAAAAAUUGGGAGAGAGUAGAGGUGGAGGAGGUUUAGAGCAAACAAUAAAAACAAGAGUAUUAACUUAAUAAAACACUUUGAUGGCAGGGAAUCACAGCGAUGAUCCACCGAUACAGAAAGGAACCAGUCUUCGUGUAACACCACCUUUCUCCACGUUGUCAGACCAAUCAGAUGCUGUCCAUCAUGAGAAUGAAUUACUGAUCCCGACUGGAAGGAAGCCGAGAAAUUAUUUUUAAAGAGAUAACAAAUGACUGAAUGAACCAAACAGAAGUUUGAUGCUUUUAAAGCCGGCAGUGAAAACCUGCCUGAGCUGAACGCGCCUCAGCUUUGACCUUUCUUUGAAUUUUCUGAUUUUCUGAAGAGUUUACAAUAGUAAAUGUUUUUAUGCUCUCAGAACAUGUUUAAGACUCGCAGGAACCAAAACCAGAAUCUAACAAGUUCAGUGUGACAUUCAUCAAAGUUUAGACGACUGAUUGUCUCUGAGGAAGUUAAAGAACAUCGUUUUCAAAGUGUUGCAGCUUCCAGAAACAUCCCUUUUGAGAGUAUGAGGUCCGGUCCUCGAGUUAGCCAGAGGGCUAUAUUAACACAUACGCUGAGAUCCAGGAAGCGUUUAGUGCAUUUAUUAUAAACAACAGAGCUAUCACAGCUCAGCAAAGAUGGAUGGAUAGAAAAAUGAAAACCAGUGAUUUAAACAGAUAAUGAAAUGAUGAAUGAAUGAACGAGUAGCCGUCAACAAAAAUAUGGCUACUGCCCAACCCUGGCUCUCUCAUCUGUGUCACAGGUGAGUGCGCACCUUUACACACAUACGUGCACACGCCCACUCCCACGUGAACCACCUUCCAGAGCACACACACUCACUCAACCUUACAAUGAACCACAUCUUCAUCUGUGUCUCCUACACAAAGUCUAUUACCCCAAAUUCAGCCUUGGUUUUUAAUUUCAGCCAUUCUGAAAGUGGCUCUGGGAGCUCUGCUGAGAACGGCUCAGAACUUUCUCAUUUCUGGGCCUCAUACAGGCUUUGAGGACACGUGAUCGUUAGAAAACCUUUAAAAGGUUCAUUUGGCAGCACAUGGGACCUUAAAACUAAACAAAAAUCCAGCAGCCUGAUGUAGAAAAUGCACAAAAGUCUGAAAUGUCCACAUUUCUUUUCCAGGUUUCUAAGCUUUGUUCGCUCUUUUAUAGAUCAACUAGAGAUUCUUUUAUUCCAUCAUCUAUCAUUCAUUUUAAUAAAUAUGAAAUAAAUACGGAGACCCAUUCCCACCAAUGCAAUCAAGUUGUGGAACAAUUGUUGUGAUGACUUAAAAAUAAGUUCUACUUUGAAAUCACUUAUAAGAAAGUACAUAAAUGAUAUAAUAAUGAAGUAUCAUGAUAAAUGACAUGCAAAAGAUUUUGUGGGUAAUUUUUAUGUUUUUUUUUUAAUGUUGCUCUUGUUAGAAAUUGAGGUAAUUUUUAUAGCAAAUUGUUAACAUUGUUUUAGUAAUGGGUAGGCAUUUUAUAAGCUACUAGUUUCAGCCUACACCCUUUAGGUCUUUUUUUGUUUGUUUGUUUGUUUUUUCCUUUCUGUAAUGUUUUAUUUACUUUCACUAUGGCAAAAUAAAUAAAUAAAUAAAAAUGUUAUUAAUGUAAUUAUUGCUGUUAUUAUGGAUCUAUAGGUCUUUGUGAUGUUAUAAAAGUGUAUAUGAGGUAGCUGAUGGUGUGUGGGGUUAAAUACACGCCGGCUUCUUCCCUUCAGACAUAAACUUUUUGAGACUUUCCUUUCGGCUGGACUCUGGUGUCGGAGCACAUCAGCAGGUUGGAGAGCGAAGCCUGACUGGACAGAACCACAUGUGGCCGUUCUGAGUCGGAGGUGGUACCACACCCUUCUUCACUAUGUGGAAGAAAUUUGACUUAUUAUGCUCUAUAUAUAAUAUUAUAAUCACAACUAUAAUUACUUCCUUUAAUUUAUUCAUUUAUAAAUUGUAUUUACACUGAUUGUUACU